AUGUCUGCAAGCUCCGUCCAGGAUGAAGUCGCUGCUAUCGUUGCCAAUGACAGGAAAGUGACUGAAUCCGAGAUCGAGACUGCUUUCGACAAGCUCCCAGCUCUUCCCCUCGAUUUCCUCCACGGUGAAUGGAAGGGUGGGGUCUUUAACACCGGUCAUCCCGGCCGUGACCGUCUCACGGAGAUGGACUGGCUUGGAAAGAACUUCCACUCCACUGAGGACGUCGACCCUAUUGUUGUGUCAAAGGAUGGGAAGCGUGAAUGCGAUGAGAACUGGGGCCAUGCUAUCCUCCGUGAGAUGCGUUACCGUGGUCUUGUGUCAACCGCUAUGAUCUACAACGACCACGCUAUCAUUGACCACUUCCGCUAUGUUAAUGACGACCUCGUUAUUGGCGCCAUGGAUACUAAGAGGUUUGGAGAUGAUGUUGGCGUUUGCUACUUCUACCUCUACAAGUAG